GUUUUUUUCUUCUUCUUCUUCUAAGCCCUCCCUGACGACCAGUUAUCAGACUGAGCCUACAGGUAUAAAAGGACUCAUAGAAAGGUGGGAGCAGCCAUAACGGGUCAAGAAACCACCCUGAAACAGAGAUGGCGACAACUGUGAAGAUCAUCCUUUAUGUUUGUUUGAGCUUCAUGUUUCUGGCCAGCGCUGAGGGGCAAACUCAAUCUACCUCAUCCCCCAGUGAGAGGUCGACGGUUAACCAAUCUGGAACGACUGGUGUUACCCAAUCUACGGGAACCACACCGCUGUCAGGCCACACAGACAACAAUGGCACUCCGACCACAGGACCGCCUUCUUCCUCCCACACCUCGGCAGGAUCCAUGGAAUCCCAGACUACUGGUGUAUCAUCGCAGCAGCCCACGGGGUCACCUCAUAGCUCCGGGACGGAAGUGACUGAAGUUCACCAAACGACGGCGAAAGGAGGCUCCUCUUCGUCUUUGUUCAGAUCCUGCAGUCAGAUCUUGGUUCUGGUGCCUGCAGUUCUGAUAUAUAUUGUAUAGAGCUGCAUGAUUAAAACCAAAGGACUCUGCUCAUUUACAUACAUCCACAAAUUGUUUUAACCCAUAAAGACCCAGUGUUACCUUUGUGUCACUUCCAAAAAUAUUUUAGUUCUCUAUAUUUAACUUUUCUUAAGUGAUUUUUCACAAUUUAUUAUGACAUAAUCCUCUGUAUUUUGUGUUUUUUCAGUGAACAUCAGGUAAAUUAUAUUAUAUAUUUUAACCCAUAAAGACCCAGUGCUACUUUUGUGGCCAUUCCAAAUUCUUUUCCCUUUAUAUUUGGCUUUUAUUAAAUGAUUUAUCACCAUUUAUCAUAAUAUUAUCUUCUGUAUUUUUUUUUUUUCAAUCAAAAUCAUUUAUUUUUUUAUAUUUAAUUCACAGAUCAU